CCCGCCCGGGGCGGCCAGUCGCGGCCCGGAGCUGCGGAGGAGCGCGACUUCCCUCCCGCCAGGCCCGCGCUCGGACGCGCGCCCCGCUCGCCAUGGAGCCGGGCCCCGACGCCGAGGAAGCGCGCACGGUGCGCGAGGCGCUGGGCCGCUACGAGGCGGCGCUGGAGGGCGCGGUGCGCGCGCUGCACGAGGACAUGCAGGGGCUGCAGCGCGGCGUGGAGCGGCGUGUGGCCGAGGCGCUGCGCCUGGCCGGCCCGCUGGCGCGCACCGUGGCCGAGCUGCAGCGCGACAACCGGCGGCUGCAGGCGCAGCUCGAGCGCCUGACGCGGCAGGUGGAGGCGCUGGGCGCGGGGAGCGGGCAGCCCCCCGCGGCCGGCACCCCCGGCACGCCCAGCCCGCCGCCCACGCCCGGCGUCCCCGGCCGCGCGCCCCGCCUGGGCAGCGCGCGCUUCGCCAGCCACGCCGCCUUCUCGCUGUCCGGCCGCAGCCAGAGUGUGGAUCACCAGGACGAGGCCAGUGAGCUGGAGACGAGGAAGGCCUCAGACUCGUGUGUCAUCGAGAAUGGGCACCAGCUGGGGGCAGGUCUGGGCGAUGGACCCCCGGAGGCUGCCCAGACGUUCCUGGCGCCCGAGCCGCCCAAGCCUCGCCCAGUGAGCCUCUCCUUGCGGCUGCCUCACCAGCCCGUCACGGCCGUCACUCGGGUCUCUGAGAGGUUCUCGGGGGAGACCUCAGCCGUGGCUGUCUCGCCCACGUCCGCCGCCGUCCUGGGGGGCCUGAGCCCAAGCCCCAGUGAGGCCACGACACCCUGGACCCCCGGUCCCAGCGAGAAGAACCCUUCCGUCCCACGGUCGAGCGCUGGCUACGGGGCAGCGUCCACAGGCAGGAGCAGCGACAGCCCACCCCUGGCGACGCCGCCCCGGUCGCCCCCGUCCCCCCCGCCGCCAGCCACCACCCAGGCCCGGCGCCGGGAGCUGGUGAGGUCUCAGACGCUGCCCCGCACGUCAGGAGCGCAGGCCCGGAAGGCCUUGUUUGAGAAGUGGGAGCAGGAUACCGCUGGCAAGGGCAAGGGAGAGGUGCGGGCCGAGCUGAAGCGGUCCCAGAGCUUUGGGGUCGGCGCCGGCAGCAUUAAGCAGCUCUUGCUGCAGUGGUGUCGCAAGAAGACUCUCGGCUACCAGCACGUGGACCUGCAGAACUUCUCCUCCAGCUGGAGUGACGGGAUGGCCUUCUGCGCCCUGGUGCACUCCUUCUUCCCCGACGCCUUCGACUACAGCGCCCUGAGCCCCGCGCAGCCGCAGAGGAACUUCGAGCUGGCCUUCUCCAUGGCGGAGAAUCUGGCCAACUGCGAGCGCCUCAUCGAGGUGGAGGACAUGAUGGCGAUGGGCCCCAAGCCGGACCCCAUGUGUGUCUUCACCUACGUCCAGUCCCUGUACAACCACCUGCGUCGCUUUGAAUGAAGCCCGUGGGGCCUGGAUGGCCAGGGCCAGCCCGGGGGGGGAGACUGUGGGGCGGCUCGUGCUCCCUGAGCGGGGCGGCCCGCUGUGUUGCUGGAUGGGGGCCCUGCACGCCGGGCUCUGCGUGGGCCGCGGCCAGGGCUCCACGGAGGAGGGAGCGCUACCAGAGCGCGACUGGUGCUAAGCGACUACCUCCCUUCAAAUAAAAGGCUUGCCUGUGGAUUCUGGAA